AUGGUAGCCCUUCCAUUCAAUGAAAAACAGCAUCUCCUGGGUAAUUCUUACGGAAUAGCGCUUAAAGGCUUCCACUCCCUAGAACGAAAGUUCAAUAAGGAUCCCGAGCUGUUCAAGCAAUAUUCAGCAACCAUGAAUGAGUACGUCCAGCUUAAUUAUUUAACCAAAGUGGAGAAACCUGCGGAUACAAAAUUUUAUUUGCCUCACCAUGCGGUAAUCAAGAAAGACAACAUAAAAAGCAAGAUCAGAGUUGUUUAUGACGGUUCUGCGAAGACAUCAACAGGCAUAUCGCUGAAUGAAUCAUUGAUGGUAGGACCAACACUGCAAGAAGACAUCUUUUGGCUCGUUCUCCAUUUUCGCACUCAUCAAUAUGCACUAGCAGGCGACAUCGAAAAGAUGUACCUCCAGUUUGGCAUAAAGAAAGAGGAUCAUCGAUACCAGAUAAUUUUAUGGAGAGAUGAAAAUGCAGAUAUCGCCGUAUACGAGCUCAACAAUGUCACUUUCGGACUCUCAUCUUCACCGUAUCAGGCUGUCCAGUGUCUUCAGCAGCUCGCAGAUGAUGAGGCUCAUCAUCAUCCCGUCGCUGCCCGAGUCAGCAAGAAACACAUGUACGUCGAUACGAGCUCGUCGAGCUCGUGA